GCCUGCAGGGGACACUUGUCUGGCUAUAUUUUGAUAAUACCUCUCUUUUCCCUUUAGUGUCAAUAAAAUAAAUCUCCAGAUGCUCUGAGCGGUAAGAUUAGAUACAAAAAAAACCCCCGGCAUCAUCCUCCAGAAAUGGACUUCUUACAAUACCACAUGUAAAAGGACCAACCACUGCUAUGAGCACCUCAAGCAUCCUCACAGGGCCACCUCACGCUGCUGCACAGCUCAUCUCAGAAAGAGAGGAGCCCAGCAAGAGCUGCCUUCCUCCUCAUCAGCUUAAUAUGAAUAACAGCAACAACAACGAAGAUGAGAAAAAGAAGAAAAGGAAAACGGAGAAGGAGAAGGAGGAAGAAAAGGAAAAAGAGGAAAAGGAAAAAGAGAAGAAGGAAAAAGAGAAGGAAAAGGAGAAGGAAAAACAAGAGGACAAAGAUAAGCCCAAAGAGCUGUUUGUCAUUAAUCCUGCUGGGAGUUUGUAUUACAACUGGCUCUUCAUCAUCACUCUACCUGUCAUGUACAACUGGACCAUGAUCAUAGCCAGGGCCUGCUUUGAGGAGCUGCAGCACAACUACAUCAUUUACUGGGUCAUUCUGGACUACACGUCGGACAUCAUCUACCUAGCUGACAUGUUUUUCAGGACCAGAACAGGUUACCUUGAGCAAGGCUUAAUGGUAAAAGAUGAGAAGCUUCUUAAGGAUUGUUACAUAAACAGUUUCCAGUUUCGUCUUGACGUUGUCUCCAUGCUGCCAACUGAUGUCCUCUAUCUGUACUAUGGCCUUGACUACCCAGAGAUCCGCAUUAACAGGCUGCUCAGAAUUGGCCGCAUGAUGGAAUUCUUCACAAGAACAGAGACCAAAACCAACUACCCCAACAUCUUCCGUAUCGCAAAUUUAAUCAUGUACAUUCUCAUCAUCAUCCACUGGAAUGCUUGCUUCUACUUCUCCUUCUCUAAAUCCAUUGGUUUUGGUUCUGAUGAAUGGGUUUACCCAGCUCUGGAUGAUCCUGAGGAGCCUGAGUUUGGACAGCCCAUGAGAAAGUAUGCAUUCAGUCUCUACUGGUCCACGCUGACCCUGACGACCAUCGGAGAAACCCCACCACCAGCCCUGGACUCUGAAUUUUUCUUCCAUGUCAUUGACUUCUUAGUUGGUGUCCUGAUCUUUGCCACCAUUGUAGGAAACAUCGCCACCAUGAUCUCCAAUAUGAACGCAGCCCAAGCUCAGUUUCAAGCCAGGAUUGACAACAUCAAGCAGUACAUGCAGGUCCGAAAAGUCAGCAAAGAACUGGAGUUGCGAGUCAUUAAAUGGUUUGACUAUCUGUGGAAUAAUGGCAAGGCACAGGAUGAGAGAGAGGUCCUGAGGUAUCUUCCAGAUAAACUAAAGGCUGAAAUUGCAAUCCAAGUCCACAUGGAGACCCUGAAGAAAGUUCGUAUUUUUGCAGACUGUGAGGCCGGUCUUCUGAUCGAGCUGGUGCUCAAGCUAAGGCCUCAGGUGUUCAGCCCCGGGGACUAUAUCUGCAAAAAGGGUGAUAUUGGCCGGGAGAUGUACAUCAUCAAAGAUGGAAAACUCGCAGUGGUUGCUGAUGAUGGAGUCACACAGUUUGUUGUGCUCGGAAGUGGGAGCUACUUUGGUGAGAUCAGUAUCCUUAAUAUCAAAGGAAGCAAAGCAGGCAACAGGCGGACAGCCAAUAUCCGCAGCAUUGGAUACUCAGAUCUCUUCUGUCUGUCCAAAGACGACCUGAUGGAGUCACUGAUUGAGUACCCAGAUGCCAAAGGGAUGCUGGAGGACAAAGGCCGGCAGAUCCUAUUGAAAGAUGGUCUAAUCGACCUGGACCCAGCAAACAUCAUGCCUGAGGCCAAAGAGCUGGAGGAGAAGGUUAAUAAAUUGUACAACACCAUGGACCUGAUGCAAACCAAGCUGAAGAAGAUUCUGGGAAAUUACAAGAACACUGACAAGAUUCUCAGACAUCGAAUUGCAAAUCUGGAGCACCUGACAGGAGAGGAGGUGGAGGAUGAAGAUUGGGAAGGUGGAGGUGGGGAAAAGGAAGAGAAAGAGGUUGAAGAGGAGAAAAAGGAAGUUGAGGAAAAAGGGGCAGCCAUAAAAGAAGAAGAAGGUAAAGCUGAAGAGGAAAAAUCGGCAGAGAAGGAAGAUGAGAAAACUGCAGAGAAAGAGAAAAAAUAG